AAAGCAAAUUUGGGGUGAUGCUCCCGAUGCUGGACGCUGUCUUGACUUGCCAACAAAGUUCAAUUUUCAUGUUAGUUUUGAAGUAAAAUGCUGAUGAUAAAUCUAUUUAAUACAGUAAUUAUUGACAGAAUUAAAUGUAGGCUACUGAAUGCUAAGUUCUCGUAUUACCUCAGGAGGGAAGUAGAUGAAUGAUUUGAUGUAAGAUGAGCACCCACAUGAAUUUUGGAUUUCUCACAAACAGUAGAUUUGAUGCUAAGUGGCUGAAGACAGAUCUUCAAGAAACAUUGAAAUGGAAUCAGCUAGCUCAUUCGUGGAAUGAAUUGAUAAAAAAUGGAGAAGUGUAUGGUGACUUUAGCGAAUCACUUGUCAACUCAGCUGGAGCGGUGGCCAAGAAAGGUCACAACGGUCGUUACUACUGUGGACUGAGAACAUUGAAGUGCACGUGCUGCGAUGAGGUGUGUGGCCCUCAGCGAGGCUGCAACUGCGUUCCCUGUCAGAAUCUCGACAAGGAGGACUCGGCUAGAGUGCAGCUCAGCCAACCACCAAUCGCAUCCAGUCAUUUUCUCGAUCGGUGGGCCUGGUCUAAUACACAGAGUGUGGAUGACUUGAAGGCUUGCGUGAAAUCGUUGAACUUGGAGCAGAGUGAGUUGUGCCAAAGUGUAAGUGGCAGUGCGUUGUCCGCUUGCCGUCUGCGCCAGCGACUGGCCGUCUGUCAUCGAUACUUUGUCGCUUUCGGAAGACAUCUGCCACAUGAUGCAACAAACAAUGACUCCAAAAAACCUACUGCCAAUAAGAUAUCAGUUUCAAACUCAAAGAAAAUUGCAAAGUUGAACAAUGAAAACGCUUCAGUUGGACUGGCGAAAGUGGGAACAAGAGCCGCAUUGAAUUUCUCGUUUGCUUUUCUCAGAAGAGCUUGGCGAUCUGGAGAGGAUGCUGACCUUUGCACGGAGCUUCUGUUGGAGUCGCUGGAGGCGAUGCGAUGUCUACCUGAAGCCACAUUGUUCGAUUACUCGGCGGUGUCACAGGUCUGGCUCGAUGUUGUCGACCGAUCCUCCAAAUUCCUCCGACAAGUCGUUUCUGGGGAAGACAACAGUGGCUGUAGCCAUCAAGUAGUGCCGGAAGUCGACCAGCAUUAUGCAUUGUGUCUACUUUUGGAGUUGGUCGUUCAGAGAGGGACUCUGAGUCACAUAUUGGAUGCUGUUCUCUUACUAUUACAUCUGUGGAAUAAAAGGAGAGACGAACUAGACAAUAGAAGUGAUCAAACCCGGUCAGACCCACCUCUGAUUCCACUGCUUAGAAGAUUCCAGAGUAUUGCACCUCUGAAAGCGUCACACAAUAAUAAUGAAGUCUGGAAUGAUAGUUCUCCACCAAGGGUUAGUCCGACUGAAUGCUUUCUGAGGUUCUUGGAGCUGCCUGACGAUGACACACUGGGAGUUGACCUGCAACUUGUCGCAGUAGUCAUCAUGGCUCAUCUUGAUAGGCUUGCCGCUCCCUUCCUGCCUCCCGCCACAUUCCAUCAGAGUGCAAGACUGUAUCAGGACGUGCAGGCGUGGGGCUGGGUGAGCUGGAAUGCGGGCGAAUCGCCGCAGAGCUGCGACCAGAUUGGCGAACUGGGAGUCAGCAAGAUGGUCUGCUCCGAGCAAGCUCUCCUCUUUCUCACGCAGACCGGCAACGUCUAUUCCAUGCUGCACACCUCUGAAACACAGUGUCCUGAAUUCAUCAAAGGUCUGAGUCACGAGGAAAUCGUGGACAUAGCGUCUCACCCGGAGGGAAAGCACUUCAUGGCUCUGACCGCCGAAGGUGAGGUGUACUCCUGGGGUGACGGCGACGGGGGUCGCUUGGGCCAUGGGGACCCCAUCAACCGCGAGGACCCCACUCUCAUCUUGGUCCUCAGCGAUCACCGAGUCACUAAAAUUGCCUGUGGAGGCACCUACAGUGCUGCAGUGACCUCGAAUGGAGAAUUAUUGACAUGGGGAAGAGGGAACUAUGGACGACUGGGUCACGGAAACAGUGAAGACUUCUACAUUCCAACUCGAGUAACAGGUCUCUCAGAUCAUCAUAUUGUUGAUGUAGCGUGUGGUAGUGGGGAUGCACAGACUUUGGCUCUAACUGACUCGGGUCUUGUAUUCUCGUGGGGUGAUGGUGAUUAUGGCAAAUUAGGAAGAGGAGGCAGUGAUGGUUCUAAACAUCCAAAAAUGAUUGACUCUUUUCAUGGUGUAGAGAUAAUAAAAGUAUAUUGUGGCGGACAGUGUAGUUUCGCAUUGACCAACAGUGGAGAAGUGUAUUCGUGGGGCAAAGGAGACAACUAUCGACUCGGACAUGGCUCAGAAGAGCAUGUUCGAUUUCCAAAACUAAUUCAAGCUCUUAAAGGGAAAAAGGUGACAGAGCUAGCCGUGGGACUAGUGCACGUGCUGGCAUUGACCGACAGUGGCGAGGUGUUCAGUUGGGGCAAGAAAGAGUAUCAGCUGUGCAGCGAACCGGUGGCGGCACAGAGCUCCGAUCAACCAUCCAUUGUCACUGCGCUCAGAGGCAAGAAUAUUGUUGGAGUUGCUUGCGGUCCAACACAGAGUUUUGCGUGGAGCCCAAGUGACAGUUGGAAGGUGGGGUUGCGUGUGCUGCUGGUGGCGGACGUGUGCGAAGACACCAUGUGUCGUCUGCAGCAGCUACUGGCCCAAGUCUGCGACGGCAUCGUCGGCUCCGACUGGCCUCCGCCCCAAGAGAAGGAGUGCAUCAUUGUCGCCACUCUCAACAUUCUCAGACUCCAGCUGCAUGCAAUGACCAGCCACAACGUGGAUGUGCGCAGUGUGGGCCUGAGUGCCGGCUCAGUGCUGCUGGAUAGCAUGAAGCGAACAGUGGUGGAGCUGGCCAGCCACACAGGCGUGUUGGACUCCAUCCAGACGGCCGCCCAGGCCACCCUGCAGGCGGGGUGGAGCAUACUGCUGCCCACUGCCAACGAGAGGGCAAAGGCGCUCUCUUCGCUACUGCCAGGCACAGAAUGGGAUGCAAGCAACAUGAGUCAGGGACAUCAUUUUAUGACUGAUCUUCUCGUAUCUAGCCUGAUGGCGGAUGGUGGAUUAGAAAGUUCUCUUGAAGCUGCCAUCAAAGGUGAAAUGGCAGGUCUAACUGAAGAUGGAAAAUGUGCUGAACCAGAAACGGGCGAUAAGUCGAUGUCAACAGUGCCUCUAUUACAUCUAGUGAAGCAGCUCCUCAGGAAUUGCUUGUCCCAAAGUCAAACAAAAUUGGCAGCUAUGAAGCCACCUUAUCCCCGAAUACAACAAGAUCGAUCUCCAAGUCUCAAUCUCCUUCUACGAUUUCAGAGAUUACUGAUUGCACAGAUUUAUCCUCAUAGUCAAGAUCAAAAGGCAUUUAUUGAACAAGGAAGCAUUGGGGCAGAGUCAGUUCUAUUGAAAUACCUGCAGCAGCUAUGCAAGCAAGUUACAGAAGUAAUGAACAUUGCAACAGAUCUGGCAUCAACAAGCAACAAACACUUCUACAUUGUCGCAUGUAUUCUGAAAUCUGACACAAUUGAAACUCUGCUACCUGAAAUUCUGGUGUCAUUGGUGAUGCUUCACAGAGAAGUGCCACUUCUGUUGCAUUCAGCCGAUUGGCUUGAGCUUUUCCUGCCUCUCUUGGAUACACUGGAGCGAUUCAAUAGACUCAUGCCAAAUCUAGAUAAAGAAGAUAAUGAAGACCUUGCCUGGCCAGUGACUAGUGGCAGCCUGCCGAACCACAAGACUCAGGACGAUAUGCCCCUCAUCAGAAAAGCAGACAUUGAAAAUCAUAACAGAGAUGGAGGUCUGUGGAUAUUGGUCAAUAACAAGGUCUACGACAUCCAGGAUAUGAGAUGCGAAGGAUCCUUGUCUACUUCUGAUCAGAAUAUCUCAACUUCAUCUCUCUUGGAUUGUGAGAGAACGUUGGGCUACCUGCUGGGUCUACAUGCCCACAGGCUUGCUGUCAGCACUCCUCAACAGAUAUGCGAGGAAGAAACGUUGAUGUGGCUGAAAAGUGAGUUCCUGCAAGGCGGUCUGCACGUGACGACACCACCCAGUCCCUACGAAGAGAAGGGCGAAGCAAGGAGUGCUGGUUCCACGCCCACUGAGUCCAUCACUCCCCAGGCCCAUGCCAUGCCAUGCCACAUCGAUUCUUCAUCCGAUCAAAAAAUCUCUGAGCAAAUGAUUCAGUCGUUCCUUAAUAUGUUGGAUCGUCACUACAAACAUCAAUCAUUCAAUCAUGUUGACGGGAAUCACGACCACCCCGUGGAAGAGGCAACAAGGCUGCUUCUAGCUGUGCUCAUCAAGCAUCUUGCACUUUCAUCCCAGGUUGUUGCCACUGUCGAAAAAGGAGGCCUUCCGCCAGGAAGUAAACAGUUUAGCAACAUUGCAAAGGUGAUUCAUCAAACGAAAUGGAAACUGAUAAAAAUGAGGCAAGAACAAAAUAGAUCUUACAAAGAAGUGUGUGCGCCAGUUCUUGAUAAAUGCAGAUAUCUGUUGUAUGAAGUACGUCCGGCUACUAGUCAUGAAGUAAAUGCACUGAAGCACCUUCAAAUUUUGCACACCGUUCCAUUGUGGAAAAGAACUGUUAAGAAAGUUAUCAGAGAUAUUAGACUGAAAAAUAAAGUUGAGACGAGCCCUGAAGAAGCUGAUCCACAAGUUAAAUCCACGGAAACUAAAAAGAAAGGGGACUGCACUGAAAAGAAGAUUUCUAGUGAAGAUGAUAAACCUUACAGUCCAGGUUUUGAUUUCUGUGAUGUAAAGUGCCAUAAUGAAUCGGUUCUUGUUCAAUCGAUAGUGGGAUUUGUCACUCAUGAAGAGGGAGGAGAUGUUGAGGCACUACGGAAAGCAAUGUAUUGUCAGGUUGAGAGAGCUAACAUGAGAAAGAAAGGAAUAUCUCUGAUUAUGGAACUAUUGAAGCGAGACAGCUUGAUUCCUAGUGUGAAGUACAAUGUUAUUAAUGGAUGGCUAGGACAAGUUCAUCAGAAGAAUAAGGAUAGAUGGGAGAAUCUAGAAGAUAUUCUGCUUGUGACUCCUUAUCAGAAAACGGAAAUAAUAUUGAUGAAGAAUGAAGUAUUGCAGUGGACUUUGGAUAGUCUGAAGAAGCUGGUGAUACAGGCGGACAAAUGGGCCAAAUGGUAUUCACCCCGCGCGCCACUCAAUUGCCUCAAAAAGCUUGCUUGGACAAGGUUUGUUUUAUCUCUAAUUGGUAUGCUGUCACAACUGCAUGGUCGAAACGAGUUGAACCUUAUAAUCAACUCUGGAAUUUUUCCAAUCAUAGAGUUCAUUCUGAAGGAGAUAGAUAUUGAAAGCACACAAAGCAGUAAUGAAAAAUCAAACAAAGAAAAAUACAUGAUAUUCGAAGAGAAUACAAACGAAUACAAACCAAACGUGGCAGUUGUCAGUGGACCUGACAUAGUGGGCUAUCUCAAGAUUGGCACCAAAGUUGUAAGAGGAGCUGAUUGGAAGUGGGGUGACCAAGAUGGACCACCGCCAGGCGAAGGCAGGGUGAUUGGUGAGCUGGGCGACGAUGGUUGGUUGCGGGUGCUGUGGGAUAACGGCUCCACCAACUCCUACCGCAUGGGAAAAGAAGGAAAGUAUGACUUGAAGCUAGCCGAGCCGCCACUCGUCGACGACAAUCAUGGCCAUACUGACACUGAGCCAGACGUCAACAAAUGUUUUUUUUGCAUUGCAGUAAUUAAAAUAGAUGAGAUGGGUCCUGGAGAAGUGCUGCGUAUAGCAUCUUUGAAUCUACUCCGUGGCAUAGCUAUAUGCUGUGGCAUUUCGGCUGAUGGUAUGCAGAGAUCAGCAGUCAAUGCUCUAUCAACACUUAUGAGAAAUAUCCUCCAGGAAAUAUAUUUGAAGGACGAUACAGUUGUUAGUAGCAGUAUGCUAGCACAGGCGCAUCACAAAGAAUGGGUGACUCUUGGAUUCAUCAGGUCGAUUGCGCAGUCGUCAGCAGUCUGUCACUCACUCUCCACACCCAGCUGGCUCAAACUGCUCUUCGACAUUGCAAAUGCCAACAACGUGUCUCUCCCUUCUCAGUUGUUGACAUUCAGACUAUUGAAAGUAGUCCUCACAAAUGGUCUCUUGGAUGAAGAUCAGAAGAAGAAUGUGCUAGAACGGCUGUUCAACCUCCUGGGACAUACCGCGCUAACCUGUCAAGCCGAUGUUCCUAACUACUGUUCAGAUGGGAAAGUGUGCGUGCCAUUGACAGCCUCGCACACGACCACUGUAGUCCAGGAGUGCGUCUCGCUGCUGCGAGCUCUGCACAACCACACCGAGUGGAAUCUGGUUUUCAACAAUAUUGUCGCCAACAAUUUGGCCAUUGCUAGCGAUUUGCUUUCUCAUCCCUUUUUGAAUCUCAGUAUCGAAAGCGAAAUGGAAACAGCAGCAUUACAAGCAAAUGGCAUUGCUGCCCUGUUAGCUGUUGGAGAGACAGACUCUCAUGUUCGCAUCGGUGGUACAGUCAGCAGUGAAUCUAUGGGAGAAGGAACCGUAUGCAAAAUCAGUCAGAAAAAUAAGUUGGUAGUUCAGUUUUGCGAAUCGGAAAAUCCUAUGAAGCUGCCUGUUCAUUUUGUAACAGCUGUUCCAUCGCCUCCGUUCAGCUUGGAACGAAUGCCACUGUCUGAAUCGAUACUCGAUACUUGGGCAACUCUGCUCUCACUUAGCACAGUCAGCCAGUCCUUCAAAACUGUUCCAGGUUCGAUAAACGUGGCGCUGCUGCGCAACCAACAGCAGCUGUUAGCCAGCAUGAAGGCGUGCAGUGUGCUGAUCGAGUACCAGCAGAGACUGCGCCGCAUACUGAGGCGCCCCACCCUGGCGCCGUGCGCCGGCACCUCGCUGGAGGCGCUCGCCCUCAACGAGUGUGACGACAUGGAGCCUGACUGCCACUCCCACUCCCUCCUCCUGCAUCAGCUCAUUGCCAACGCCGUCCAGCCAUCGCCGCUCAAGGCCGAGUACACUCGAGCCGAACUUGAGGAAGCAGCAAUAAUUGUCAGCCAGUAUCUAUCGGCACAAGUGAAACAGAAAGCGAACGAUCCGCCAAUCUAUCAGUCGGUGACCGAUUCGAUAAACAACAAGAUGAGUCGAUCAAAGCGGUCUCACAAUCUGCCUUCGCCGUCGCCCACCCUGGCCUCGCCCCUCAUGGCGCAACUCAUGGAGAUGGGCUUUGCGCGCCGCACUGUUGAAGCCGCUAUCAAAAUUACUGGAGAUACACUGAAUGAGACAACUCCCACACCAGAAAGGCUAGUUGCUUGGCUUCUGGAACAUCCUGACGAAUGUUUGUCAGAUACAGGAUCAAUAUCUUCUUCUGAUGGACUUUCUGAUAAAGACUCAAUCACUGAUGACAUGAAUAUAUCAUUAACUGAAGAGACGAGUACAGCAUCACAUUACAACAAGCGUUCCGAUUUCUUGACCAAUGAUGAAUAUGCCAUGUACGUUCGUGACAACGUGGUUGAAAAUAUGCUGGUGCGAUGCUGUAAAUCCUACGAGGAAGUACAGGAAGGUGAAAUUGGCAGAGUGAUCAAAAUCGACCAUGAAGGACUGUAUGACUUGAACCUCCAGGUUGAAUGGCAGAAAACAAGUGUGGAUGGGGCGGACACUCGAAGAUACUGGGUUCGAUUCAUCCAUGUGGAGUUGAUUGGACUCUGCACAAAUGCUAAUGUGCCGUCAGCCAUCAGAGUUGGGGACAAGGUGAAAGUAAAAGCCAACGUUGUCACUCCAAAGUUCAAAUGGGGAUCGGCUGAUCACAGCAGUAUUGGAGUAGUUACAAGUGUGACAAGUGAUGGUCGAGCAGUGGUGGACUUCCCGCAGCAGAGCAACUGGACGGGACUGGUGUCCGAGAUGGAGCUGGUGCCCUCCUGCCACAAGGACACCACUUGCAAUGGCUGUCACAUGACGCCCAUCAUUGGUGUCCGCUUCCGAUGCAAGGCGUGCACUAGCUUCAACUACUGCGAAAACUGUUUCUACACGCAGAAGAGCCACAAGCACGGCUUCAGCCGCAUUCGGGAGCCGGGUAGUGCGGCUGUGUUCGCAGGCAAGCCAGGUCGCUACCUGGCCAGCUUCCUGGAGCCGCCCUACAUUGACGAUUGGUCGCGCUGCGUCAGCGUCAUGACGGUGUCAUCUCGAUUCAGCACCGCCCACCACCUCAUUGACCACUUCUCCGACAAUUACUGGCAGAGCUGUGGCCAACAGGGAAAGCAUUGGAUUCGGCUUGAAAUGCAAGAGGAUAUAGUGGUACAGUCGUUGAGUAUUCGCGUGGACCCGGCUGACAGCAGCUACAUGCCGUCACUGGUCGUCGUCAGUGGGGGACCCUCGUUCUCAACCAUGCACGUGCUCUCCACUACAAACAUCCAUGCAACUAGCACUAUGGUCUCACUACUCACUCAUCUCAGAGAGUAUCACCCUUGCAUCGAAAUAGCUAUAAAACAAUGUCGUAAUGGCGGUAUUGACUGUAAAAUACACGCCAUAUAUCUAAUCGGAAGGAAAAAGAACUCUGGAACCGAUGCGCCUACUUGUGCACCCUUCUUGGUGGCUGAUUGUGCUGACAUACAAGAGUCACAAACCUUGACUACAGAAACUGCAGAUAGUUCAGCUGGUCUGAAGACAAAGGUGUUUGUUUGGGGACUGAAUGACAAAGACCAACUAGGAGGAUUGAAAGGAUCAAAAGUUAAACAUCCCUCGUACUCAGAAGUUCUUUCCUCACUCAGGCCAAUUCACAUAGCUGGCGGUUCAAAAUCAUUGUUUGUUGUGUCACAUGAUGGAAAGGUGUUUGCUUGUGGUGAUAGCACGAAUGGCAGACUGGGCCUUGGCCAUAGUAACAAUGUAUCAGUUCCACGACAACUGACGGCUCUCAGCCAGUAUGUGGUCAAAAAAGUCGCCGUUCAUUCUGGUGGAAAACAUGCAAUGGCACUGACUAUUGAUGGAAAGGUGUUUUCGUGGGGAGAAGGCGAUGACGGCAAGCUGGGCCACGGCAACCGCGCGACGCUGGAGAAACCGCGCAUGAUUGAGUCGCUGAAGGCGAAACGCGUGCGCGACAUCGCUUGCGGCAGCAGUCACAGUGCGGCUAUCACCUCCAGUGGCGAGCUCUUCACCUGGGGAUUGGGCGAGUAUGGCCGUCUCGGCCACGGUGACUCGCUCAUUCAGCUCAAGCCCAAAUGCGUGAAGGCACUGCUGGGCCACCAUGUGACGAAGGUGGCCUGCGGUAGCCGGGACGCACAGACGCUGGCCCUGUCGGCCGAAGGCAUGGUGUGGUCGUGGGGUGACGGCGACUUCGGCAAGCUGGGUCGCGGCGGUAGUGAGGGCUGUGACCUGCCGCACAACGUCGAGCGGCUCAAUGGCCUCGGCGUCUGCCACAUCGAGUGCGGCGCACAGUUCUCACUCGCUCUCACCAAAUCCGGCCAGGUUUGGACAUGGGGAAAAGGUGACUACUACAGACUGGGACUAGGCUCAGAUCUGCAUGUGAGAAAGCCCACAUUGAUUGAGGGACUGAGAGGCGAAAAAGUCAUCAACGUUGCUGUUGGUGCUCUGCAUUGUCUAGCUGUCACUGAGUCUGGAGCUGUAUAUGCGUGGGGAGACAACGACCAUGGACAACAAGGCAAUGGAACAACUCUGGUAAACCGCAAGCCAAGCCAGGUUCCAGUCUAUGGCGAUGUCAAAUUGAACAGAGUUGCCUGUGGAUCAUCUCAUUCUGUGGCUUGGUAUGCUUCUGACGAACCUAUACAUUUGAUGCAAGAGCCUGUACAGUUCAGUCAAGCCAAAGAUCCUCUAGGCUCCACCUUUCUAGGGCUCGGUGAGACAAGCUGCCCAAAAGAGCCGGUGACGCUUGGCGCCGCUGCUCCACGGGAAUCGCUGGCUCACACCAUACUGGCGCUGGACUCGAAUGUGGCCAAACAGAAUGCCCUGCAGCAUGUGCUCAACGGUCUCAGAGUGCUGCUGGCCAGGGAGACUGCGGUCGCUGCUCUAGCAUGCUCCACCAAGCUCGAGUCGUCAACGUCAACUAUUCACAAUGAUGAUGUGAUAGAGAUAGAGAGUGCAGAAGUAGCAAUUGCUUUGCCACUUGAAACGUCCGAGAUCGCUCAUGGAGGAGGCGAAGCACCGGCCUCUGAAGUUGAAGCCGCUAUUGCUGCUGUUAGUAGCAAGUCUUCACCGGAGGAGAACGACAGUCCACUGGCGGCGUUUCCCUCUCUGUCAAGCUCAGCCAGUGUGUCGUCAAGAGCAUCCAAGAUGUCUGCCAGUGCGAUGAGCGUCAUUGCAGCCACCAUGAAAACCAAUCCACAGGCUUUGGGACUGAUGGAGGCCAACGAUGCACCAGUGAUGUCUUUGGAUGACUUCACAUCUCUGCUCGGCCUGAAUGAUGCUCGUGUCAUGGUGGACCUGCUCAAAUUAGCGGUGGCUGGUCGAGCCGGUGAUAAAGCCAAAGACACUAUUACAGGAGUCUUGAUUGGUAUGGCCAAAGAAUACAAUAGUGUAGCCUGUAUGCUGCUUGAGCUGUGUGUCACUGAAUUGGAAGACGUGGCAAUGGGCAACACAAGCGCUUCCAACAAUUCUCCCUCGCCAGUCGUCCAAGAGAGCAGUCACCCCUUUACUGAUUUUGUCGCCUCCAGUGGACAUGUCAAAAUUCCUGGAGCCGAGUCGUUGAGAGUGGAAUUCGACCGACAGUGCUCCACUGAGCGACGCCAUGAUCCUCUCACCAUAAUGGACGGCUCUGGCAAAACCAUCUGCAUUCGCUUUGGCCGCGAGUGGAGUGAUUGGUCUGCCCCUCUUCACAUUCCAGGUGACGAGCUGCGCUGGAAGUUCAAGUCGGACAGCGCGGUGAACGGUUGGGGAUGGCGCUUCACGGUCUACCCGGUGAUGGGUGCGCAUGCGCAGUGCUCUGACAGGGACAUCCUGUCGCAGCCGUCCGUCGAGUUGGUCACCUGUCUGCUAGAGCCGUGUCUGCCUUUGGCGCCGCAUCGCAUCCUCAUCACAAGGCUUGCUGCCGCCCUCGCCAUUUGUGCUCAGAUCAGCUGGCUUGGUGCUGCUGACAGAAUGUGGUGCCUGGAGAAACUGAGGGAACUGAUGAGCUCCCGCAUUGUUGACUUCUCGUCGUUUUUUCAAGCUGAUCAAUUGGACUGCGCACUUCCGAACCUGCUGCGGGGUUUGCCGCUCGCUCUGCUCAGGCAGUACAAGUACGAAGAUCCUGCAGUUGAAGGGGGAAAACAUCUCAUGCAUAGUUCAUUUUUCAAGGCUUUGGUUGCGCUAGCUUGUGAUUUGAAUAUUGACUCACUACCUUAUUGUGUUGAGAACCAUAAAUGGUUAUGGUUCCGCCGAUACUGCAUGGCUAUGAGGACUGCUUCGGCUCUUAUCCACAGAACCGCUCUUCCAGCUCCAUUUUGUUUGGAGGUUCAGAAAAAAAUAUCUGAGGUGACACCUCGUUCAGGUGAAGGGAAGAAUGAUCACGAAAAUCAUAAUAUAUUCAAGCAAGAGCAUGACGAACAACUCCUACUAUGGUUGAACAGGCAACCGGAGGAUUGGAGCCUGUCGUGGGGAGGCAGCGGAGCAAUCUAUGGAUGGGGUCACAACCACCGAGGUCAGCUGGGUGGGGUGGAGGGGGCAAAGGUCAAACUGCCCACUCCGUGCGAAGCGCUGUCGGCACUCAGACCCAUCCAACUCGUUGGUGGCGAGCAAACACUCAUGGCCGUCACUAGCGAUGGCAAAGUCUAUGCCACUGGUUAUGGUGCUUGUGGACGUUUGGGAAUUGGUGGAGUCGAUACAGUUCUUAGUCCAACACUCAUAGACUCCUUGCAGAAUGUGUUUAUAAAAAAGGUUGCUGUUAACUCUGGUGGUAAGCAUUGUUUGGCUCUAUCGGCGGAUGGUGAAGUGUACUCGUGGGGGGAAGGAGAUGACGGCAAAUUGGGCCAUGGAAAUACCAGCAUGUGCGACAGACCGUGCGUGAUAGAAGCUCUGCAAGGAGAGGAAAUAGUUGAGAUAGCAUGUGGAGGAGCGCACUCAGCCGCCAUCACAGCCAACGGAGAGCUGUACACGUGGGGCAAAGGGCGCUAUGGUCGUCUGGGCCAUGGUGACUCUGAAGAUCAGCUCAAACCAAAAUUGGUGGAAGCGCUGAUGAGCUACCAGGUGUGGGACGUGGCGUGCGGCAGCGGGGACGCUCAGACGCUGUGCGUGACUGACGACGACACGGUGUGGUCGUGGGGUGACGGCGACUACGGCAAGCUGGGACGCGGCGGCUCCGACGGCUGCAAAGUGCCCAUGAAGAUCGAAUCGCUGGCCGGCCUUGGCGUCAUCAAGGUCGAGUGCGGCUCGCAGUUCUCGGUGGCGCUCAUGCGCUCUGGCAGUGUUUACACCUGGGGAAAGGGAGACUACUACAGACUGGGGCAUAAUUCUCAGGAUCAUGUCCGUCGGCCCCGUAAAGUGGCAGCUUUGCAAGGGAAGAAAAUUAUCAGCAUUGCAACAGGAUCCCUUCACUGUGUGGCAUGCAGUGAUCAGGGAGAAGUGUACACGUGGGGAGACAAUGAUGAAGGCCAGCUGGGUGAUGGAACCACAAAUGCUAUCCAGAAACCAAGGCUGGUUGUAGCUUUACAGGGCAAAAAGAUAACGCGGGUAGCGUGCGGCUCGGCUCACACACUGGCGUGGAGCACAGACAAGCCGAUGCCGCGUCGCCUGCCGCCGAAAGUGCCGAUGGAGUACGAUGUGCUGAAGGAGCUGCCCCCCACCCUGCUGAGGAGUCGCCUCGUGUUGCUGCAUCACUUCUCUGACCUCAUCUGCCCCGUCGUCACCAUGUUCCCACUCACCGGCGAGGUCAGCCUCGACUCGCUCCGGGGCUCGCUCGUCUAUGCCACCAAAGAGGCUAUGUUCAAAAAGGUGAUGAAUGCGACGAUGGUAAGGGACAGACAACAUGGCCCAGUGAUUGAGCUGAACCGCAUCCAGGUGAAACGAGCUCGCAGCAAGGGAGGUCUGGCUGGGCCAGAUGGCAUCAAGUCUGUCUUCGGCCAAAUGCUGGCAAAAGUACCCUUUUUAACACCAGAAGCUCUCUGCUUACCGCACAGAGUUUGGAAGGUCAAAUUUGUUGGUGAGAGCGUGGAUGACUGCGGAGGUGGGUACAGCGAGAGCAUUGCUGAGAUGUGCGACGAGCUGCAGAACGGGUCUCUGCCUCUACUGAUCCCCACCCCCAAUGGCCGCGACGACACCGGCACCAAUCGCGACUGCUUCCUCCUCAACCCCGCUGUCAAGUCACCGCUCCACAUCUCCAUGUUCAAAUUCCUAGGCAUGCUGAUGGGUAUUGCAAUCAGAACAGGCAGUCCGUUAAGUCUGAACCUGGCCGAACCUGUUUGGAAGCAACUGGCUGGCAUCACGCUCUGUCCUGGAGAUUUGACUGAGGUUGAUCGUGAUUAUGUGCCAGGACUUUUAUGCAUAAGAGACAUGAGUCAGGAUGAAAAAGAGUUUCAAAAUGUGGACAUGCCAUUCUCCACUUACUCGGCUGCUGGCACCGACAUACCACUCUCUUCAGUACAUCGCAGAAUCACCUACGAGAAUAGACACGAGUAUAUAAGACUGGCUCUACAGUAUAGACUACACGAAUUCGACGAGCAGGUGGCAGCCGUGCGAGAGGGAAUGGCGAAGGUGGUGCCUGUACCCCUGCUCACACUCUUCAACGGCCACGAGCUCGAGACAAUGGUGUGUGGCUCACCCGACAUUCCGCUCAACCUACUCAAAUCAGUCGCCACCUACAAAGGAAUCGACGUGCAUUCGCCAUUGGUGCAGUGGUUCUGGGAAGUUAUGGAGGAGUUCAGUAAUCAAGAGCGAUCUCUAUUUUUGCGAUUUGUCUGGGGCAGAACGAGACUACCUAGGACGAUCGCUGACUUCAGAGGCAGAGACUUUGUACUGCAGGUUUUGGAUAAGUACAGUCCACCUGAUCAAUUUCUACCUGAGAGCUACACUUGCUUUUUCUUGCUUAAAAUGCCUCGCUAUUCUAGUAAGGUAAGCUCUUUCACUCAUUACGGAUUCUCAUUCGGUAAUCACACUUAGCAAAAAGAAAAUUUACAUUUACAGUAAGUUUCAUUUAUAAUUAGAACUAUAAAAUUCCCAUUAAAAGCUUUCAAGCUUGUUCAUAAGCUUUCAAUACGAAAUAGCUUUAGCUUUAUCUUAGCAUAAAUUUCAAUGUGCUUGGGAUGAUGGCAAAUUUAGACAUCAAUUGACCAGUUUCUCUAAUAAAGCUAGCUAGUUUACGACAAAUUGUGCAAAUCAUCCAAGAAAUGAGUAAAGGCUCGUUUUUGAAAAUUGCAUUAAAUCAUCAUUAUAUUUUCAGUGAAUUCUACGUAGAUUGAAUAAGUUUAGUUACACAAAUCAUGUGAGAAAAAUAGAGACUGUGAAAGAAUAACUUAAACAGAGAAUUGAUAACUCUUUAAAUUGUAUUUGCGCUUCCUGAAAAUUUCUGAUUGUGUGUUGUGGAUAGACUUGAAAAAGUAAAAAGUAGGUUUUGCAAAUGUACGACUCACUUCAUUAUACGAUUUUAAUAAACUAGAGGUUCAAUAUUGUUUUUUAGAACGAAUUGUUUUGAUAUAAUAAUUAGAAACACAAUAGGUUAACCUUUCCUACUUGGAAAUAUUAGAUUGCUUUCUACUAAAAUUUUUAAUAGUUGAAAUUAUAUUUAAUGUAGCAAAAUUAUUUUAUCAUGUGAUAAAGUAAACCAUUCACUGUUAUGUUAUAGCGAUUUGAAAAAUGCAACACUACUACUUGAAAUAUUCAAAUAGUAAUUUUAGUGACAAUUCACAAAAAUAGAUGAACACUAUUUGUUUGGAAAUUUCAACUUAUCUUUUACUUCUCCCAAUUUCUUGAAAUUCUCUGUUUUUGAAUAAAUUUUAAAUUUUAGUGUUAAAUUUUCAAAUCGUUCAUCUAUUUCAAAAAUUCAUUCCAGUUUUGCUCUCUCGAAUGUUAUGUUAAGUUUUUAGAUUGGAUUUCAGAAGAGAUUCAAAUUCUAAGAGAAAGCCAGUUCCAGUGGUGGAUUUACUGCUGCAACUUGGAUAAGAUGUAAUAUGUGACAACUGCCUCUGCCUGAUGCUAUCGAUAGUCGGCCACUUUCAGUAUGUGUUUUCAAAGUACCGCAAUUUUCUAGUGGUUCCAUUGAAAACUGAAGUCAAUUUCUUGAUAAAGACAUCAAACUGUAAGACAAUUUUUUAUUUUUCAAAUUUCAAGUUAGAAACGUUUGUCGGAUGUUUUUAUCCUAGCUCAUGUCAUUCACUUAUACGGCUGAAACUUUUCUUUGAAAAUAUCUGACUUAGAUGGACUUCUACAAUGGUUGAUUAGGAGUUUUAACAUUUCAAUUCGGCCAUUAAUAUCCUUUAACGUCAACUAAAUCUUAUUAUUUUAUUUAUUGUAUGAUACGUUUUUUAUUUUCAAGCGGUAGAAUGCACAGCGAUGUCGUUUUUAAUACCUAAUUGAAAUUUGUAUUAGUGUAAACCUUUAUAUCGGAUGUCUGUGAUUCCCUUAAUAAUUUCCUUAACAUAUAAAUUUCUACCAAAAAGGCUAUGAAAAUGAUAUAUGGUUUCCUCAAUAAAAGGCAGUUGUAUUCAGUUGUGUUUCACUCUUGUCUUGUGAGAAUAUAAUCAUAGAGAAACAAUAGCGUAAUAAACUUAUGCUAUCGUUUCUCUAUGAUAUAAUUUACUACAACUAAAUAUUACAUGUUGGUUUUGACUGUUGAAAAACAAAGUUCAGGAAAUUCGUUGUCUAUCCUUCAAGUGAUUAUGAUAAUACAAUAUCAUAUAUAAUGAAAGUAGUAUAAAAAAAUCCGACUUUAUUGAAAAAUUUAAGGUUGCGCAGCUUUGAAAUGCAAUGUAUUUUGUAAAUUUUCUAAUGUAGAUGUAUUUAUUAUCACUAUUAACUUGUAGUGUUAGUUGUAGUGUUAUUUUAAGAAAUGUUAGUUAUACAGAGAAAUAAAGUGUUACAUUAUUUUA